AUGAGCAGCUUGCCCAACAGUUCUAUCGGCAGCAAGUCUCCCCUGAAAGGAAGCACCGUUUUAAAGUCUUCAUCAUCAUCAUCAUCAGUAAAGGACUACCAUGGGAGAAUAUAUCUGUUUAGCCAAAAGGAUUCGAAUGAUACUGAUACAGCAAAAAUUAAACAAUUAAUUGAGCAAUCGGGAGGAGAAAUCUCUGAAAUCAAAGUAGACGGAAAGCCCUACUUACAGACUUUUAUGAAGAAAAUUCUUGGAGAAGCCACUAAACCUCCACAUGUAUUCUUCAACGAUGAAUAUGUUGGAGGAUGGGAACAGAUCAAAGCCAUGAGCGAGAACGGACAACUCGGGCUGAAGAUUCAAACUUGCAAAAACGCACUUUCUCCUGGAGAACUCUACAAAGUAUAUCGUAAACAAGGAGAUUUAUUUGUCAUCAGCCCAGGCCAUUUGUACUUCCCUCCUCCAACAAAAAGACUUAUCACAUGCAUGAUCACUCUGUAUAAUAGAACUGACAAAUAUACUGCAUACAAGCUCAAAACUACAUGUCCAAAUAGGUAUAUUGUGAAACCAAAGAAAGGAAUUGCACCACCAAAUGGAACAGUUCACGUGGAAAUAACAAUGCAAAAACCAGUGACGGAAAACGAGAAGGGAGACAAGUUUCGAGUUGAGUCUCUUGCCCUUCAAUAUUAUAAAACAGAAAUGGAAGAUAAAGUAGACGAAUUAUUUAAAGAAGCAGAUGCAAAGAGAGUUGUAAAACAAAAAAUUUCAUGCCUUUUUGAGAAUCCGCCUUUGGAUUUUAACCUCGUUACUUUAAAUGAUGGAUCUCUGUUAGUGUCCAAAAAUAUUAGUGUAGUAGACAUCUAUGAUGGAUUUCCAAUUGAACAGUUUGCACAAGCUGUGUCAAAACAGAGAGAACUGAUAUUUGGAUCAAAGAAGCCUCAACUUUCGAUCCAUAAUGAAGACAAGCCACCACAACCAUCAAGUGUCACAGAGACCACUCCUGCCAACAAAGAACAUAUCAUGAUUAACAGUGCACCAGCUACCUCUUCAGUUACUGAGGCAAUUUUUGAAUCUCCAAGAAAUUUAGAAAGUGCUCGUAGCAUAGAGACUGAGGAGUUAUCUGAUAUCGAGAAGAGCCCAAUACCAAAAUCAGACUCUUCAGAAGAGGAGAUCUCAAAGAUACAAGCAUUGAAGAACGCUUCUGAGAAGAUUGUUGCUCAAAAAACGAAUCAAAAAUUAGAAGCAUCUAAGGGACUAGAAGAGCUCUAUAAAGAGGAAUACAAUAGAUUGGAGAAGGAGUACGAACAAAUUAUUAACAAACUUAAGGUGUCAGAACAACGGAUUAAAGAGUAUGAGCUCACUAUUGAUGAGCUAAAUGUAAAACUAAGAGAGUCAGAGCAAGCCUUACAGAGAGAACGAGCACAGCAACAGAAGAGAAGAAAUGAGAACACCAUUUUUGAAUCGUUGGGACGACAAGUUUCCACUCCUACUGACAUUGACGCAAAAGAAGGAUAUUCUCUUGCAGCCCUAAUUGCCAUUGCUCUUAUUUGUCUACUAAUCGGUAAAUUAAUGUAA